GCCCGGCGCCUCCACACGUAUUCUGGAGUUGCAUGCCACCAGACACAAUGACAUGCGUGCUAUACAAUCGCGAGCCUGCUCAUUAAUCCCCGUCUCUAGGUGUGCUCUCUUACACUGCAGUCACUAGCAGUGUAAGGUGACCAAUCCGUAGCUAGUCUGUAAUCAUGACCCCUCCUCAUUGUCGGCUGAGAGCUCCGAAGUGCAGUCCAAGCAGGCAGGCGAUGGCUGCACAUCGCGGUCAUGCGCACUGGGCGCACGAAUUCAGUACCGUUCUUAUGCAAUCUAUGCGCGCAUUCAGUCACAUACGUUACCGCCGCUUGAUGUGUGCUUGUUCAAGUCUCUCUCAGAGGCUUACUCUGACGAUCUCAUGGCUUUUCUUGGAAAAAAACAAAAAAGGGCUAUCAACGAUCAAAGAAAGAGACUUGCUUCCCCAAUUUUGUAAGCCCUGGCAGCGCUCGUUCCAAGAGGAACAAAUACUCCGAUCCCUCAAAGCCACCGGUAUAUGCCACCCUGACCCCUCUUCUUUACUCAAGAGGUUCAGCAACACCAACUCAGAUGAUCAGGAGUCAGGAGAGAGCUCGACUCCAGUACUCAGCGCCUCAGAUUAGAGGAGAGAGAGGUAGUUCCUUAGAGAAGAUACUACUAGGGACAAGGAUGACAGGGAGGGAGGCACAGAAGCUUAGCCAAUCAAGUCGCUCUCUUUUCUUUCGAGUUGACCCGCUUGCCCACGAAGCAAGGGGUUCAGGAAGAUUCUGGUUCACGAGAAAAAGCACUCGAAGCUCUGUAACAACGGAACAAAGGAACAAAGGCAUGGGCACGAGAGACGAGUGAGAUAGUGAGGGAGAAGGCGAAGGCAGAGAAGUCAGAGAAGGCAGCUAGCCAAGCCUCUAGGGCAGCUGCUCGUAGGACUCAACGACUUGAA